AUGGAGAAACGGCUGGAUGCCAAUUCGGAAUUGAAAGCCAUGUACACGGCAUUUAUGCAUGAGUAUCUUCAGAUGGGGCACAUGAAAGCGGUACAGGCGGACGACGAGGACUCGACUCCGGAAUACUGCAUUCCCCAUCACUGUGUGCUGAAACCAGACAGCCCCACAACCAAACUUAGGGUGGUUUUUGAUGCAUCCUGUCCAACAGAUACGGGUGUGUCCUUGAACCAUGUUUUGAUGGUUGGGCUGGUCGUUCAAGAUUAUCUGCGAAGCAUCUUACUGCGGUUCCGGAUGUAUAAGUACGCGGUCGUUGGAGAUGCAGAAAAAAUGUACCGAAUGGUAUGGCAGCAAGCAUCGGAUCAGUUGCUGCACAAGACUUUCUGGAGGGAUUCGAGUCAGGAGCCACUAGAGACGUAUAAGUUCACCACAGUCACAUACGGCACAUCAUCUGUGCCUUAUCUUGCUACUAGGUGCCUGAACAAGUGCGAGGAUGAGAGUGCGGAGCGCUAUCGUGCAGCUGCAGCUGUCGUUGAAAAGAGUUUUUAUGUAGAUGAUAUGAUGGCAGGAUCACACACAAUAGAAGAAGGGAAGCAGCUGAGCAAAGACGUGCUAUAG